CUCCGUGUCCUCCCAUUCUCUCCUCUUCCUUUGCUCGCAGUUCUCCCUUGCCCACCUCACUUCAGCCCAGCUGAGCAGAACCGGGAGAGCAAGUGUUUGCUACACAAAGAGGGGCUCUAUGAUUAAGCACCGGGCUCAGAAACCUCCCCCUGGGCAGCACAGGCACUGUGAGAGAUGUUUCAGCCGGCACUGCCGCGCACCGAUUGAGCCCUCCGUCUCCUGCAUGGUGAUCAGCUGCCGCUUUCACUGCGGGGCCACCUUCCACAUGUGCAAGCAGGAGGAGCACCAACUGCUGUGUCCCUUAGAGCAGGUCUCCUGCCUCAACUCAGCCUACGGCUGCCCUUUUUCCAUGGCCCGCUUCAAGCUGGCGAAGCACCUCCAGGUCUGUCCAGCCAGCGUUGUCUGCUGCUCGAUGGAGUGGAAUCGCUGGCCAAACGUGGAUUCAGACACAACCCUCCACGAGAACAUUAUGAAGGAGACCUUGAAUGAAGACUGCUUGGACACAGCCUUGGCGCUCAGAGACCAGAAGAUACUUUUCAGGACUUUGAAAAUAGCCGACCUGUUUCCAGAGUGGAGGAAAAAGGAUGAAGUGGCAGAGCUAAUGGAUGAAGCCAUGGGAGGGGAAGAGGGUGCUGUGGGAGGAGUAGCCUGUGGUUCCCAAGAAGGUGACGACCGGUUGUGCGAGCUCAGCCAACGUGAGCGUGAACAUCUGGCAAAGGACAAAGAGGGAAUGGAUCUGGGGAGUUACAAAACCUGGGAGAACAUCUUCAGCAAAGAGCUACAAGCUUGCAAGGUGACGGGCUCAGCAGCCAGCGCAGGACAAAAGGCAGAGGAGGCUUCCAAGAAAAAAUCCUCAGGCCCUCAUGCUGCCAACUCCACAGAGAAGGCAAAGGAAGUACCUGACAGUGCAGAAGAGGCAAAAGACCAAAAGCCUGAGCAAGCAGCACCAAAUACAGAAAUGACAGGACUGGCUCCCUGGCAAGAAGGGGUCCUGGAGAGGCUGAAGAAGGAAGUUGGGGUAGGUGAUUACAACAUGUAUCUGGUACAUCAUGGGGGAAUGCUCAUCCGCUUUGGCCAGCUAGCUGCUUGCACGCCCAAAGAAAAAGACUUUGUCUAUGGGAACUUGGAAGCUCAGGAGGUGAAAACUGUUUACACCUUCAAGGUGCCAGUUAGUUACUGUGGAAAAAGAGCACGACUAGGAGAUGCGCUGGGCCACAAGAUGCCAACUUUAGACAAGUCGGUGGAUACCUCAGAAUUGGGAAUAAAUCUAGAAGACCUACCUAAGACAAAUAUAGUUAAAGCCACAUUGCUGUGUGCACUGGAAAAAGAGCUGAAAGGCCAUGAGAUCUCUGAAGCAAGGGGUAUCGAUGGACUCUUUGUGGAUUUUGCAACGCAGACAUACAGCUUUCCUCUGGACCCCUUCUCCUCCAAUGCUGUUCUAGCAGAUAUUCUGGAUGAAAAAAGCCCACCAGAACUCCACGUGGAGCUCUACACUGAAUGCGUAACCAGAAGACACAACAAAAGCAGUUCAGCUUUCACAUUCACUUGCAGUCAUUUCUUCAGGAGAGACGAAUUCCCAUCCCACUUCAAGAAUGUGCAUGCUGAUAUCCAGUCAUGUCUGGAUGGAUGGUUCCAGCAUCGCUGCCCACUGGCCUACUUGGGAUGUACUUUUGUUCAGAAUCACUUCCGCCCUGAGGGACUUAAGGCCAAGGUUAUAUACAGCAAGCCUCUCAAGACAUUUGCUAUCAAACCAGAGGUGGACACCCUCCUUGCUGAGUCAGGGAAGUGCAAUUCCACAGUGGUCAACCAAGGGAGAAAUAAGGACUCGCUGAGCAGCCUCCCAGUAGAAGUGCUCAAGUACAUUGCGGGGUUCCUGGACAGCUUCAGCUUAUCUCAGCUGUCGCAAGUGUCAGUACUGAUGAGGGACAUCUGUGCCACUCUUCUUCAAGAGAGGGGAAUGGUCCUGCUGGUCUGGGAGAAAAAAAGAUACUCCCAUGGUGGUACUUCGUGGAAAGCUCGCAAAAAGAUCUGGCAGUUCAGCAGCCUGUUCUCCAAAGUUCACAAAUGGCAGCGCAACGACGUUGCGUGCAUGUCGGAGCACCUGAAGCAUUGUCCCUUCUACCAAGUGGAGCGCAAGACGGACCCCGUGCUGCUGACAGGCAUGUGUGAAUCUCGAGAGGAGACUCAAAAGACUUUGGUUUCUACUUUCAAGCGGAGAGUCUGAGCAACCUGCUUUCCCUUCCACCGUGCUCCUUUCAAUGCCCUUGAAAAGAAGAUUUGGGUGUGAGGAUUGUUGCUUCCAACUCUCCUUCAGACGCACAAAACUGGCUUCUCAGCUGCAUUUGGAGUAGCCUGUAUAUUUUAUUUUAUUUUUUCCUGCAUUAAUUUAGUUGUUAAAACUUCCUCUGCUGCUCA